AUUGUGUACAAAAUAGCAACUCGCUCAUCACAGACUAGCGUCUAAAAAUACCAAUCUGUUCAUAUCGGCUUUAAAUAACACGUUAUUUCACUUUUUGAACGGAUUUUGAAGGCAUUCUUUUGACAUUGGUUUUAAAAGUAGAUGUCGCCCGUGCAACAAGGCACACGUGAGCAAACGGUGGUCGUUGAUUUUUACCGGUUGGUCAGAUACAAAUAGCAGUGUAGAAUGGUGUAGGACCUAACCUGAACUGUUGAGUUGUCAUUCUGUAUUUACAAAUAUUUGACAAGUUGUGAGCGUGCACUGAUGCUCAGAUGUAUUUGACGAGUCUAUGCGAUACGCGCGAUUCCAUUUACUCGCUCUAAUAUGUAUUCCUUAAUUUACAAAACGGAAAAUGCUCACGAGGACAGUAUCUGGACCUGUGCUUGGGGAUGUCCAAAGAGGAAGAAGGAUUCUCAGCCGGAUAAUGAAGAUUCACGAGAUUCCAUGCGGUCCAAUGAAGAUGAAACGGCAGAGUAUCUGGUGACUGGCUCCGUUGAUGAUGCCGUGAAAGUAUGGGAGCUGAAGGAUGGCAGUUUAAAAAUGAAACACAAACUGACUGGACAUUCCCUGGGGGUAGUGUCUGUGGCUGUUAGCUCGGAUGGCUCUAAAUGUGCAUCUAGCUCUCUCGACUCGAGCUUAAAACUGUGGGACCUGCAAUCUGGCGACAAAUUGGCGAGCAUCGACGUUGGUCCAGUCGACAUUUGGACCGUGGUCUUCUCGCCGGACGAUAAAUUUAUCGUGUCCGGCAGCCACGCUGGUAAAAUACAUCUGUAUGGCACCGAGAGUAGCAAACAAGAACAAACCUUGGACACCAGGGGAGGAAAGUUCACGUUGAGUGUUGCCUAUAGUCCAGACGGUAAAUAUAUCGCGAGCGGUGCGAUUGACGGGAUCAUUAAUAUCUUUGACGUUGCCUAUGGGAAGGUUCUGCGUACGCUAGAAGGUCAUGCGAUGCCCAUCAGGUCUCUAUGUUUCUCGCCGGACUCGCAGUUGCUUCUUACGGCAUCUGAUGACGGACAUAUGAAGUUGUACGACGUCAAAGAUGCAAAUCUGGCAGGAACAAUGUCAGGUCACGCCUCUUGGGUACUUGGUGUCGCUUUCUCUCCGGACGGUCAGCAAUUUGCAUCGAGCAGUUCCGAUCACACGGUGAAGAUCUGGGAAUUGGCGCAAAGGCAGUGUCUCCACACGUUCAAUGAACAUAAUGAUCAGGUAUGGGCAGUAAAGUAUAAUCCACAGCGAAAUAACGUAAUCGCGUCAGUAGCAGAGGAUAAGUCUAUCAACUUGUAUGAAUGUCCAAUAAACGAUAAAUAACUUUGCAUUAAGGGUGAA